UUCAUUUCAUUUUUACAUCCCUUUGACCAUUACUACUUCCCAUCUCUCUCUCUCUCCCUGUCUGUGGUACUGCAACGGUGUAGUCUACCAAUGCUAUAUUUCUCUUUCAUUACAACACUUUGACCAUUUUGCUUCCCAACGCCCUCUCUCUCUCUCUCUCUCUCUCUCUCUCUCCGCGCCAUUAGAAGAACAAAAACCACUCCCAGAAGUGGGUGUCCAAAGGCCAAAGGGUAUGCGACUAUAUUUGCUUCAACCCGACACUGUUCGUUGAAAAUGGUGAUGGAAGCAGUCCUAGAAGACAUGGGCGAAGGCACCAUGCAGUGCUUAGACCACCCUUACAAGAACCACACACCCCCGGGCGGGAUCUGCGCCUUCUGCCUCCAAGAAAAGCUCGGCAAGCUCGUCUCCUCGUCCUUCCCGGUCGCCAUCUUCCCUUCCGCCUCCUCCUCCCCCUCCCCUUCCUUCAGAUCAGACUCCACCCUCUCCGUCCGACAUAAUACCCAGAACGACCCUCACUACCAUCACAACUCCAGGCGGCCGUCUCGGAUACCCUUCUUCGCUUCUUCCGGCCAGAAGAAGGAUAACAACAACAACAUUAUCCGAAGCGUCGACCCUGUUGUUUUCAAGCGAAGCAAGUCCACAUCCACCGGCGGUGGUGGCGGGAUGCAUUUCAUGGACUCGUACAGUGAAUUUAACAGCCCGAGGAAACGGGGUUUCUGGUCGUUUCUACGCCAUCAUAAUACUAGUAGUAACAAGACGAGCAAAGAGAUUUGCUACGGUACUCCAUCCACGUCAACCAUGAGGGGCUUUCCUCAGAGGUCGCAGAGGAUAGAGGAGGAAACGGCAGCGGAGGAAUCUUCUAUUGAUAGUCCGAAUCACGCCAGGGUCUCCAGAUCCAGAUCCGUCGGCUGCGGGAGCCGGAGCUUUUCCGGCGACUUCUUCGAGCGGAUCUCGACCGGGUUCGGCGACUGCACACUCCGGCGAGUCGAGUCUCAGAGGGAAGGCAAGCCCAGGGCCACCCCCGGGCGCCGCGGCGGAGGAGGGCAGGACUGCAUCAAGGAGAGAGUGAAGUGUGGUGGGAUAUUUAGUGGGUUCAUGAUUGCGUCCUCGUCUUCUUCUUCCUCUUCAUCUUCUUACUGGGUUUCAUCUUCCUCUGCCGAGGCGGCAGCGGCGGCGGCGGCGACACCGGGGGCGGCGGCGGGGCAUCUGUCUCAUGGGAGGAGUAAGAGUUGGGGUUGGGCUUUUGCGAGUCCAAUUAGGGGGUUCAAGCCUCCUUUGAAGAGAGAGGGUUCUAAUAAGAAUGCUGCUACUGCUACGCCUAACCUUAAUGCCAUUCCUUCACUCUUGACUGUGGGAAGCUGAAUGAAGCCAAAGUUUGGCUAAUUAGGUUUAUAGUGCUCAUUACCCCUCUCUCUCUCUCUCUCUCCAUACUUGUUUGUUAUGAUUGUCUAUGUAUCCACUAGCGUUUGGUAAGGUGUUCUUUGAAAAGUUUGUAUUAUUCUUGUGAAUUGGUGUGGCUGAAUCUUGGAGUCCAAUGCCCCCAAGUGGGGUUUUCAAUUGUUGGAUGAAGAUCUUGUCUAAAGCUAUGCUUGUCUCUCCCUUGUUUAAAAAGAGGGGAAAGUUGUGAAAAAGUCACUUAUGGGUCUUGUAAAACUUGGUUCAUAGAAAUUGUUUGCUGGCAUUGAAUUGUAGCUUUUGUUGUUCUUUGUAACU